UACUAUUCAUGCAAGAUUAGCUUUAGCGCUCGAAAUAUACCGUAUAGCGCGAAAUUUUAAGUUUCGCGAUUUCGUGCGUUAGCAAAAAUUAAGUCCACGAAAAUUGUUCUUUAAUUCUGCUAUAACGUGCAAAGAUUUAAAGGCGUGGCUUCCAGUAAGCAGUCAUUUCGCGAACAUUGUGCAACGAAAUGCUUUUAGAGGCCAUUCCACGAAAUAUAAAUGCCUCGAAAAUUUCGCGCUAUAAGGUACUUAAAUUCCUCUCUUGCUUCCAUGUACAACAGACUUACAAUGUAGUUGUAUGCUUUAAUGACAGUGUUAUGUUCAUAUAAACAUCAUUAGAUACCCUUACUCCGUCAAGAUAAGGCAUUCUAUGCAUGUGUAUUAUGAUAUUAUCCUAUGGAUACUGAAGAUUAUCACGAGUCUGUGCCAGUAACUGCACGAGUGCCUGCAAGGCACGAGUGACAGUUACUAGGCACGGACGAGUGAUGAUCAUCAGUAUCCAUGGGAUAAUGCAUUUAUUGCUUGGCAACCAAAAUGCAAGUUGAAUCUGUGCAUGCGCAACAUGCGGUUGCUUUAUCAACCAGAAGAAUGCGUAGCAACAAAAUUGAUUUCUCCCAGUUGAAGACGAGUUUAAGAGAAAGAAAACAGCUAGAAAGACAAAGAAAUAAGACUCUAGAACACCAAGAGAGCUUGCAGAAGGCUACUUAAAGAUUUUGUAGAGAACAGACAAGAAAAAAGACAAGAAAAACGUUGACAACCAGCAACCCUUUUUGAAAAUGGAUAGUUCUGAAGGAUAAACAGCAUGUGCUUGCUUUCUAUUAUGCUCCAGUGUAUCAGAAGAGGAAACAUGCACUGCUAUAACUGAAGAAAAGUGUGACAACCGUUUUUGAAGCCAAAACGACUUUAUACAAGCCUGAACAGGCUUAUAUGGUGGUCCAGUACACUUCUACAUGUACGUGCAAUACUCCACUCAAAGCACCCACUUCCAACACUGAUGCCUGUUUGAUGCGUUAAAUAUGAACACUGACAACCUCCUGACCCUCAGCUUCACUGCAAAAAUAGCACAGAAGUGAUACAGAGCAUCAGAAAACAAGAAAAGAGACUGAUAAACAUUGCAAUGCAUGAUUAUAAGUGUGUAAACUAUGUUUUUUCUUGUUCUCUCACUGCUGAAAACGUUUUAUUCCAAAUAAGAAUCACUUCCUAGUGUGCAAUAACAAGUGUGCAAUAAUACUUCCGGGUGUGCAAUAUGGAAAAAUAUCUGCACAGUCGGUGAUGAGUCGCUUCCUGUGCAAUUUGAAUGUAAAACGCUGAUGUCAGCACUUAUUAAAAAGCAAUAAAUAAUUAUAUUUAUGAUAUUACCUGCCCCCCUCAUAUCCAUGGUGGGCACCAUAGUCCCCAACCUCCCCCUCUCACUGGUAACGUAGAUCCCACCAAGAUCGAGGAGAUACGACGCACCAUCUACAUCGGCAACCUGGCUAGCAACAUGACGACUGAACAGGUGCUCACUUUCUUCCAGCCUUGUGGUGAGAUCAAGUACGGGAGGAUGGCCGGAGACAAGACCCAACCCACCAGAUGAGGGGUUGCUAGUCAAUUUAGUUUACAUUUGCAGUACCCGAGUCUGUGCCCAUAGCCCUUCAAUACAACGGAGCCAUGUUUGGAGAGCGUCCAAUCAAUUGCAGACAUGUUAUGAUCGAGUGAGGGCCUCCUCCCUGCGUACCACGGUCACAGUGGACCAGGAGGGGAGGGGACAGGGGCAGAGGUUGAGUACCCGAGUACCUCCAGGACCAGUUCAGUAAAGAUGCCCAAACACUCACUCCUAUAGCUCUCCUAGAAACACUGCUACUAUAGAUCUAGAGACAGCACUGUGUAAUUUUGAUGGUAAUUUUGAUAUUAAUGUUAUUAAAGUUGAUGAUGUCAAUGUGGGUAGCCUGAGGGAGAGUCCUGGCUAGCUUGCAUUCAUGGCCUCAAAAGAGGCUACUAAGAUUGAAGUGAUCAGGGAUGAGAUAGAAGGAACGAACCUAGGUUUAGAGACAAGUGAUUUACAGCUUAUAUAUGAAGCAUUGUUUGAAAUGAGGGCUAAGUGGCGGCCGAUAGAUUUGAAGCUGGGGUUAACUCCUGGUACCCUCGAUGCAAUCGAACAAGAGAAAAGCAAAAUGUCUAAUCGAUUAGAGGCAGUCCUACUUGAUUGGCUACAGGUGACAAUAGGAGCCACAUGGGAACAACUGAUUGAUGCUCUACGGUCAGCUCUGGUUCGUGAAAUACGAUUAGCAGAGAAAUUGGAGCUGAAAUACUGUUCUCCUGAAACUGGCCACAGAGAGAAAAGGAAGUAUAGGAACGAUGAUGAACAGCAACUGACAAAUGAUAUUAAAGCCAUUGAGAAGAAGUUUGCUAACCUGCAAACAGCAACAAGAGAAUCUUUGAAGAUGAAGAGGAAGAAGAGGAAGAAGAUUGUUAAAUUGAUGUCCCUGGUAGCCCUCCUCACAUCGUAUCGAACGUCCCGUGCUGUGAUUGACAAGCAGAGUGACAUGCUGCUUGCUGACCAGCAGGAAGAUCUCAGAAAGGCUGCUAGUGUUGACGAAAUCUUUGUCAUUAUCUCUCCAUUUUGGUCGUUCCUUGAUUUUGAGAUUCUAGAAGGUGUGAUUAAAAAGUUUGGAACUAAAAGUGAUAAACGUGAUUUGGCUAAGUAUUUCACUGAGCUCAGAAAGUUUCUCAACGCAUGGAAAGUAGAGCCUUGCAAGAUUAGCCGAUUGGAUGAUGAUAAAAAAAGCGUUAAACUUUGCUUCAAGCUUGACACUGAUUCUCUUGCAAUGUAUCGUGACCUAAAGGCUGCUAUUGCUAGGAUAUUUAAAGUCCAAGUCUAUGCUUUACACUUGCAUUCGAUUGAGCCCGGUUGCAUUCGGCUUAUUUUCUUUUGUCUAGAGAGUGUACCUAUUAUGGCUCUCAGAAGUGAUCAAAUUGCACAACUAAGUCAAAUAAUUCCUUCUGUGCUAAAGGUGUCAUUAAUUCAUGCAUGGAUCAACAAAUGAAGUCCUCUUUGAGAGAGAGGAUAGAAGUCCAUCUCCUGCUCACAUGCAGCAAGCCAGUACCACCACCUAAGAUCUAUACUGAAGAGAAAGGGGAAAAGACAAUCCAAAAAAGCCACGGAAAAAAGUGGUAUCAGCGAUUAUUUUCUUGGAAAACAUCACAAAGAGCAGGAGAAGAGGCUGAACCCAAGACUACACCAUCACCAGGGGAAACAGUUGAGCCCACAGUGACAAGAGUAACUAAGGAGAGUAGUGAGUCAUCUACACAGGGGAAAAGGUGGUACCAAAGAUUGUUUUCAAGGCAUUCAUC